GUAGCGGCUUUGAGUGCCCCGUGUUUCUUCUCGUCCUCUGCCAUGAAGAAGCGUGCGUCGUCUGCUACCACGAGUGCCGCCGGCAACGCGCUGGAUUUGGCUACGCGUUGAAAACAAGCGCGUCACGCGGGACGUCCCCCAUCGAUCGAUUGUCCGCUCACGCCCCGUGCUGUGUCGUCUGCUUCUGCUGUAACCCCGAGACGUCCCCGUUGUGUGUCGUCUGCUCGCCACGCUACGCCCGCGCUGCGGCGGGUGGUACGGCGACGUUUCGGAUUUUGUGAUUGCUCUCCUCUGUGUACCGGCGCGCACGGCGGGCGUGCGCCGCGGUGACCACUCGUGGAUUUCCGUGAGGACCGGCCGCGCGCGUUCGCGGCCUGCGGCGACCCUGCUGCAACCAUGUCGUCCAUGCUGGCCGGCGGUCCCAACAUCCUGCAGAUGUGCAGCAGCUUCGAGGCGAACAAGUCCACCAAGGGGGCGUCCAAGCUCCGCCGGGACCUGAUCAACGCGGAGAUCUCGAACCUGCGCGACCUGCUGCCCCUGCCGUCGUCGACGCGGCAGCGGUUGUCGCAGCUGCAGCUCAUGGCGCUCGUGUGCGUGUACGUGCGAAAGGCCAACUACUUCCAGCACAUAUUCCGGAAACACGACGUUCUGCCGGAGGUCCCGCUUAUACACUUCGGCUUCUCCAAAGCAAUGAGCGGCUUCCUGAUGAUGAUGACGCAGAACGGCAAGCUGCUCUAUAUCUCGGACAACGCCGCUGAGUACCUUGGUCACUCUAUGGAGGACCUGCUGAUCCACGGCGACAGCGUGUACGACAUCAUCGAGAAGCAAGACCACCAGGCCAUCCAGGCGGAGUUGAUGCGGAGCCCGAACCCCCUGGGGGUCCUGCACCACGAGCCGGACACGAGGCUCUUUCUGUGCCGCAUGAACGUGUCGCGCAACGCACGGCGUCAGAUGCGCUUCGGCGACCAGAAGGUGGUCCUGGUGCAGGGCCACUUCGUGUCCUACCUGCCGCUGUGUAGCCGCAACGAGCCCGUGUUCCUGGCCACGUGCACUCCCGUCGCCAUGCCCGAGACGCGAGAGUGCGUCGUCCAGGGAUCCACGUCCGUGUUCACUUCCAUACACUCCAUGGACAUGAAGUUCCUACACCUGGACAGGAAUGGCGAGUUCCACCUGGGUUACCAAAAGUCCAGCCUUCAGAGCAUCUCCUGGUAUGAGCUGGUACACUGGGAGCACCUGAGGGAAGCACAGUCAAAGCACCGCCUCAUAACACAGUCGGAGCAGGAACGAUCGUGCAUCCUGCUGGUGCGGCUGCAGACGAGUCGUUCGGGCUGGCUGUGGGUGCACGCCGUGCUUCAGGUGAAGGACGGCUCCGACAGCUCCCAGCAGCCCGUCAUAGUGUGCACCAACCAAGUUCUUAGUGAACGGGAAGCAGCCGUGAUGCGUGCGAACUCUUGGCUCUACCAGUACUACUCCCUGCACUCGAAGAUGCACUACGGCCUUGCGUACGAAGCCACACGCCUGCCGGCCUACUACCCUACGCCCGUGAUGCCCUACCCACCACCUCCGCCACCUCCGCCACCGCGGGAAGUGCCGCAAGCACCGUUGCCACACUCACCUUAUGCUUUGCCCCACCACCUCAAUGGAGCGCCGGUGCCUCAUCAUCCCCAGCACCACCCCGGUGUGCUCCAGUACGGCGGCCCCUCACACCACAGUGGUCUUCCUUACAGCAGCGUUGCAACUAGUGCUGCAGCUGCGACCGCUUCCGCAAGCGCAAGCACCAGCAGUCCGAUCCCUUCGCCCGAUCACCGGAAGUGGAUGUCACCGUCUUCCUCGUCUUCUGGUGGACUCAAGAGACCGGCGUCUCCCGGUCACAGCAUCAGCGUAAGCAGUGGCGGAAGCAUGAGCGGCAGCAGCAGUGUCAGCACCAACAGUCCGACCCUCCCCAAGGCCCCAAGGCCAAGCUACGGCGCAUUCACGGAACUUGCUCCGCUGCUUCCUUCCGGUUACUACGGUGGUCCCGGACAGGUCCUGGCAGCGACGGCUCCCGUUCCCGCGGCCUUUCGUGCCCCCACGAAGCUACCCGACGACAGGCUGGCCGACGUGGAACAGUCACUGACGCCCACCAACACGGAAGACGUGUCCCAACUGAUCUCUGGCGGCGGAUCCGGUUACCUGCGGCCCACGUACAUGUCCUUGGACGACCCCGAGGUGGCGAAGGCCGCUCGGAGCGUGGCACAGUACCCGACGCCCCUCGAACCGCCCGCGUACUAUCCUCGUUACCUGGAGCUAAGCCUAACGCUCGAACUCGCCGACGGCAAGGAACCGUACGCAGCGGCGGCCGCGGCAGCUGCGGCAGCGGCUGCGGCGCAGAGCUCGGCGGACCUCAGAGAAGGGUUCCUCUACCACCGGGGCGCCUUCGCUCCACCGCGGUUAUCGGCGCCGUGCGGAGCUGGCAGCGAAGAGGAAGCCGCGGCCGCUCUCGACGCCUCGGCUGCGGCGCACGCGGCAGCUGUUGCGGCCGCGGCUCAUCACCACCAUCCGCAUCCCUACUGGCACCGGCCAGUGGGCGGCGCCGGCCCCCCUGGUUUAGGUGGGACGGGCGGCGGCAUUGACACGGCAACGGGAGCGUGCCUUCCGCAGCCCCAGCCGGGACACCGGGCAAUUCCUGAGGAACCUGCUUCCGUCGAGUCCUGACCGGUGCUUGGUGCCGGCCGGGUCUCGGUUGUGUGACACCCGCAACACCUUCUCCGUCCAGCUUCGGCUUUCCACGCACGAGGCAAAGAGAGAGAGAGCCACCGUAUGGCAUAUUGCCAACACAGAGAGCACGAAUACCCGGCUUGGAUGAAGGAGCUCUGGACUAUUACGCUCCAGCAGCACACGGGGCAAACUAAAGCCACCUGCACUUCCAAUCGUGGCAGCGCACCAGCUACAUGGGCCGUUGCUUUAGAGAAGAACUGUGGGACGCCGUCUUCCUUCGGAGACCAUCGAGAGCCAAGGACAGGUCGCCACGAAGCCUGUGUUUGCAUUAUUUAUUUCGAACAUUCGAUUGAGCAGUGUAAGGAAUGGUGCAUGUGCUUUCGUGCGUAUCAUAUCGAUUAAUGGCGCGUAGUGAUCGCAGCGGCAGAUGACGACACCUAGAACUGGCAGCUUCGACAAGCAAUGCCUCGAGAAGCCGGCAUCACCUUUCCAAGCACCGAUAUGCGACGAGAGAAAGAGCAGUGACAAGAGGUGCUCCUCCUAGACCGCAACACCAAAGAGUGGAAAACUGGACUCAAUUCGAACCGUUUUUUUUUUUACCACUGAUAAGUACCACGUCCUGGUUACAUCAUAUUGCCCAUAAGUGUCGUAGCAACGCCAUGACGUGAUUGCGUGGGUGAAGUUGACGUUGAUCGUUACGAACGUUGAUAUGACUACCUUGGUCAGUGGGCAAAAAUAUACAAUGAUUGUGUUGCUGCUCUAAAGAAUGUAUGUACAAAACGCGUGCAGGGCAGUUUAACAAUAAUAGACAGCGGGGCCUUAAAAAACUUUAGUGAGUGUGAUGAAUGCAAUUAACUGUUGUGCCUUAGACUUACGGUAUUCGUUUUGAUCUUGACUGAGACGUUCGUGAGAACGAGCUAUAUUGUGUACUGUUCACUAUUCCCUGAAGGCCGCGAGCCUUACAGAAAACUCUACGACUCUACGGCCAUUCCGCGUUCCUUACCUUUUAGGAGAGCCGAUAUAGUGAACAAUUUCAUUUCAAAAGGUGUCUUAAUUUUCAAGAUUAUAUGGAACUUUUCGUGAGAAGCCAUGGAUGUUAAAACUUGGGUAGAACUUGGAGAACUGGCAAAUGACUUGCAAGCCUUGUUUUCUGUAGUACACGAAGUCACUUAUUCAGUGUGUACGUGCAAACCUGGAAGGGCUGUGCUGCUCCUGAAGUACACUAUCGAGUCCCGUACGACUCGUUUUUCUUGUU